GCUUCGUCAGCUCGAGCUUUGCGAGGGCCGCCUCUGCUUCGAGCUUGUCUCGGGCGAGGGACCUCGGCGUGGAUGGGUCAGCCUCCAUGCCGCAGGCCGCGAACUGGUGCGUAGGAGAAGGGAGCCGGAGGAAGGGGCAACAGAACCGUUGCUCAACACUGAUUACAUGGGAACUCUGCGCGGAGCAUGUCGUGGCUGCCAGAGCUGCAACCUCUGGAGGUUCACAUCCCUUUCGUCGAUCGAGUGGGGUGGCCCGGACACAACCACGACGAUAGACGACCGCAGGCAUGCCUACGACAGGAAGAUGCGGGGCUACCAGGAGAAGCGUCGUGGCUUCAGUGCUCGGUGCCAGAAUUGCCUUUGUCCUGCUGAGGAGCACCUAGACUUGUCGGGCUGGCUGGAUGCGGUGCAGAAGGCUGCACGGCCAUUUCGCGAAACCUACGAAGAGGCGAUUCGAAAGGAUCCUGCGUAUCGGCACCUCGGCCGAGCCAUUGGCAGUGCCAAAACUCGGACACUGCCCAGGCAUGCUACAAUUCCCGCAGCCGCAUUGGACUGGCCCGUUUCCGACGCAGCUAUCUACCUUCUGUCCCUGGGUUUUUUCGACCCGCGUCUGCACGGACGGACUGGAGAAGGAGACCAAGCGUUGCGAAAGGCACCAGGCAAGCACCUGGUGUCUGUGGUUUGCCCGACAAGCGAGAAGCGACAUGGCUUUCAUCCGCUUCUUUACGAGAACUUCCGAACGCAGAGCUAUGAGCCGAAAGAGCUCAUUGUGGUUGACACCGGUUCUCGGCCCUCGCCCUUUCUCCUGGACAAGGUCCAGUCCGAUCCAAGGGUUAUUUAUCGACACUUCACCGUAGAUGACUCGCGCGACACAGACCCCAUGUCGGCCGUCUUGGUGGACGAUGGUCUUUCGCUUGUAACGGCCGAAGACGUGAAACGUAGGCGCGGCAUUUGCUUCAAGCCCAAGACGGGCUGGUCCCUGGGAUUUAAGCGUAAUCUUUGUGGCCACUUGGCCCGAGGUGUCGUCAUCGCACACUUCGACGAUGACGACCUGUAUGCGCCAGAUUAUCUCUCGCGCAUGGUUGAAGCCUUGUUCAGCGCAUUUGGAGGUCAGCUGGUUGUAGCUCCGGGAUUAAAGGCUGCAGCGACACUUUCGGAGUGGCACAUGAUGGAGGUCAAGGAGCAACAGUUUGGCUUCUUCGACCCAAAGACCGACCCCUUAGUGGAGGGUCCCAUGCGGGAGUCUUUUCAGUACGGCUAUGGCUUCUCCUUGGUCUACACCAAGAGCGCCUGGGAAACUGUGCCCUUCCCGGACGUGGAGUGGUCAGAGGAUGGAGAGUUUAUGGGCCGCCUGCAGCUGCAGAAGAUUCCGAUUCAGCUCGUCUGCUCUCGAGACUGCUAUGACGGUCUGGCAGCACAUACACACCAUUCCGACUCGACAAGUGGCGGGGAGAUGUGCGGGAAUGUUCGCCUCGGCUACGCAGUGCCAGUCCCAUCUGCCUUCCGGGCCCUGCUCCCGGUGGCCCGGAAAGUGGCUCUCGACGCCAACGUCCGUCGUGGCUCCCAGCACCCUCUACGCGCCGAGAUGCAUCGAGUCUUGGACGGCUUUGGGCAGGCACCGAGUGAAGUGCGUUGGCAUGAGAAGGAAUUGUUUCUGAAGCGCAACCCAGACUUCGGGCAACGCCCGCCUGCGACGCCACAGUACAAGGAGUGGAGUGGCCAAGUUCGAGGUGGCUUCGGAUUCGGGCUAAGCUACCGCGGACCUUGGCUGAGAGCCGUGAUGUUCACCUGCUGUGGCCGUCGAAGUCAGUUCUUCGGGGAGGACUUCCUCGACCUGAGCCAGUUCAAGGUAGCGUUUCCUCGCAAACCGCUCCUUGGGCUUUGGGCGAAUGGCGAGAUUGGACCCCAAGCUAUGGCUUCCGCCGCUCCGGAGGAGGCCACGCGAACUGGCCGAGCAGCUCUUCAGGGUUUCACGGCCGUCUUCGGUGUGUUCCGGGCACCCCUCCCGUCAGUGAGGCGUGCUGCAGCACUUCCAGAUGACGCACUGCCGCUGGAAGUGGGCCGCUGGCUAUCUGGGCGAGGAGAUGAGGCUCGAAAGCAGGGCGACAUCUUUCUGAAGGAGGGUGACGUCGCUGCCGCUGCUCUGAACUACGCGAGAGCGCAGGCCCUGAGCGACGUGCCGACUGCCGAGGUACCGAGGUCUGAUCGCUGCCACAUCCGAUGUCAGCUCUCCUCCGUGGAGUUGAAGGCCGGACGCUUCGACAAAGCCUUGGCCUACGCAGAUGAGGCCUUGUCCACAGAGGAAGACAACCUUGAGGCACGCUGCCGGCGUGCGGAGGCGAUGUUGAGCAUGGGCCGGGCAGAGGAGGUUGUCCGAGACCUAAAGGCAUCAACCUGCGCCGCGCCCGACCUGACCGCCCUGUUGGAACAGGCAGAACAUCAAGUGCAAGCUGCUCGCACAUGA